GUCAAGACUUGAGAGACUCGACCUGUUGAAGUUCGUGGACUUCCAAUGGAUGCCCCUUCCCCCGAUGGUCGAUUAUCGAAACCGCAUCGCAACAUGCUCAUGACACAAUUGCGGGAUUACUUGCACACUGCAAUACCAUCUCCGUUGAUGGACGCCAGAGUAAAGGUUGUUGACCUUCACAAGAUCGACCGCGAGUUCAAGACACAACGGUACGACGACAUCGACGCGCCAUUGUUGUACAUACGCAUUUACAUCGGAGAGGCGACCUCCAACGCUUUGAUCGAUUGCGGAGCUACUCACAACUAUAUCAGCCAAGACUUUAUGGUAUGCGUUGGCCUUGGGCCACGCGUUCGGAGGAAGUCGCAGCCCACGCAAGUCACGUUGGCCGACUGUCACACGCACAAGUCAAUCGACCGGUGCAUUGAUUCCGUCCCCGUGUACUUCGCCCCGCAUGCAAGCGAGAUCGUGUCCUUCAACAUUUUGGACACACAGUUCGACAUGAUUUUGGGCAUGUCAUGGCUGCGAAGCGAGGAUCACCCAGUGAACUUCUAUUGCCGCACCGUUCACCACGGAGUAGUACCGGAUCGGCCCAUCCGCAACGAGAUCAUCCUCGAGGCCGGGGUCGUACCUCCGCGUAGUUGCAUCUACCGCAUGAGCGAGGAAGAGUUAAGUGUGCUACGGGCACAACUCGACGACCUUCUUGCGAAAGGUUGGAUUCGGCCUAGCUCUUCGCCAUACGGUGCUCCCGUUCUCUUCGUCCGGAAGAAGAACAACGACUUGCGGUUGUGCAUCGAUUAUCGUAAGCUCAAAGCGCAAACCGUCAAGAACGUUGGCCCUCUCCCGCGCAUCGACGACCUUCUCGAACGGCUGGGCUGCGCUAAGUUCUUCUCCAAGCUUGACCUCAAAUCGGGAUAUCACCAACUUCAGAUUCGGCAGGAAGACCGCUACAAAACCACGUUCAAGACGCGAUAUGGGCAUUCCGAAUGGCUGGUCAUGCCAUUUGGCCUUACGAAUGCCCCGACCACGUUCCAAGCGGCUAUGACGACGAAGUUCCUACACAUGCUGGACAGAUUCGUACUCAUCUACCUCGACGAUUUCUUGGUGUACAGUCGGAGUUUGGAUGAGCAUGUGGAGCAUUUGCGCACCGUUUUGGACCGGCUACUACAAACCAAGUACAAAGCCAACCGCAACAAAUGCGAAUUCACGCGGCAAGAGCUCGAGUACUUGGGCCAUUUUGUGAUGCUGCAAAGCAUCAGUCCGCUCGUGGACAAGAUCGACGCCAUCCGCGUAUGGCCCGAGCCCACCAACACCAUGGAAGUUCGCUCACUCAUGGGGUUGGUGGGCUACUAUCAACGCUUCAUCACCAGGUACUCAAGGAUUGCCGCACCAUUGACUAGAUUACAAUCGCCAAAGGUGCCAUUUGUAUUCGAUGACGACGUGCACCGAUCAUUCCAAGCACUCAAGACGGCCAAGCUCAUGGCACCCGUCCUUAGCAUCUACAACCCCACUUUGCCAACGAGAGUGACAACUGACGCUUCCGGCUAUGGCAUUGGGGCUCAACGACGUCCCCCUCCUCUUCGUUUGUGUAUGCUUGGGGACUGGCGCAUUCCUCCUGUGUGAGCGCCAGGCCCCUUCACACCAUGUG